AGAAUUCCCCUAGAACCCCUACGGCCCUACCUCAUAAAAGAACUCCUCAAAGUCCAACUAGUUUUAGGUUUAGCAGGAUAUCUCCCAAAUUCAGGAACUUUUAUUGCUUUUGAAUCAAUUAGGGUUUUGAGAGAUGCCGCAACGACAUUCAAAGAACAAUAACGAUCUUGCUUUCUUUACGUACGAUGAGAAGCGGAAGCUCGGAUAUGGAACACAGAAGGAGAGGCUCGGCAAGGAUUCCAUAAAGCCCUUCGACGCCUGUUGUCUCUGUUUGAAGCCUUUCAUUGAUCCUCUUUGUUGCCAGAAAGGUCACGUCUUUUGCAAGGAAUGCAUCUUUGAGUGCUUGCUGGCUCAAAAGAAGGACAUUCAAAGAAAGCUAGCUGCCCAUGCUGCUCAACAGAAGCAGGAGAAAGAGGAGGAACAAGAGAAGUUACUGCUGCAGAAGGCCAAAGAGCUUGAUGCCUUUGAUCAACAAAACCAUGGUGCAGUACCUCAAUAUAAUGACAGGAGCUACGCUAGAGACAAGAAUGGCUUCCAUGGGGCCAACAGUGUUAAGGUCACAUCAUAUGAAGAGGAAGCCCUUCGCACCAUGAAAGCAUUUUGGCUUCCCUCUGCAACACCGGAAGCUUCUGUUAAAGUGGAGGCCCCCUCAACCAGUACAGUGUGUCCGGAAGGCAAAGAGAAACUCAAACUGAAGGCCCUUUUCCCCAUUUACUUCACAGAAGAGAACAACGAGAAGUCCAAAUCUCUGAAUAGCAGCUAUAUAUGCCCUAGCUGCAAGGUCACUCUGACCAACACAUUGACUCUCGUGGCCCUGAACACCUGUGGACAUGUCUUCUGCAAGAAGUGUGCUGACAGAUUUAUGGCUGUUGACAAGGUCUGUUUGGUAUGCGACAAAGGAUGUAAAGAGAAGAAUUUAGUAUGCUUGGAAAAAGGAGGGACCGGGUUUGCUGCCCAUGGGGAUCAUUUGGAAGCAACAGAUUUUAAGCACUUGGGGAGUGGUACUGGAAUGGGGCUGGUUAGACCAGCCGCCAAGACCUGAAUCCACAACGGAAGUGAAUUAGAUCAGUUGUUUACUCAAGAGUCAAGACUCUCUUCUAUAUAAGACGAAUUAAUCAAAUCAGUCUAGAAUUUCUUUCUGCGCAUGCUUUUUGUACAAGAAUUCGUCUUUAUUGGAUUGUAUUUUUACAAGUUUUUGUUAUGACCUUGUGGGCACUAAAGUCUGUAAAUGUAUCUUCAGCUUUGGCAAUGACUGAUGCUUUGACUAGUUGGAACUGGAUCUCACCAUUAUUUUC